AUGGCGGAAGAUAAUGAGGAGCAAAAUCCACAUUCGUCAGUUAGCAGUCUUUCAGCAGCAGGAGGAAGUUUUAUAACGGUGACUGAGAAUGAUCUUACAGACAGUUUUAGCUGGUCGUCAGCCAGUGAGAGCACGGAACUAUUGAAACCUCGAGAAAAAACCGAAUUUACAACGGCCGGCGACGCCUCUUCCGCUACUGCUGGGACGACUACUGUCCCUGCAACUGAUACAAUUCACAGCGCAUCAACUACUCUGUCUCUUUCCGUGGCCGAAUCUGAAGACAACUCACAGACACUUGCUCAAUCGGAAACAUCCUCCUCUUCGCCUUCCCUUUCAGGCUUUCUCGAGCCUCCUGAUUCUCCCUCGAUCGUAUCAGAUGAUGGUAGUAUACACAUGGUUAGCGCAGAAACCAUCUCACCAGUCAUUGUAUCCCCAGCAUCAUCAUUGGAGGGCUCGCACGAGGAAGAGGAUGGAGAUAAUGUUAUUGUACAUAAAUCACGUAGCGAAAGUGAAAGCCAGAUGGGGGAAAGUCGAGGGGAAGAAAGGUCACCACAAUUUACACCAACUGUCAUUACGAGGAGUUUCAUACCUGGCGAAGGUAAUGCGCAAGAUCGUAAUGACAAUGUGUCGGGUUUUAGAAAUGGCAGACGAGACCCUGGAUCUUCUGUUCUAGAGUUGCCCGAGGCUGCUGAUCCUAAUACUGUCUUUAAUACAAAUAUAGCUCAUGCGGGCAAUACACGUUUAACGAGAUCAAUACCCACAGACAAGCGUGGCAGUGUCAACAUUCUAUUCCAACCUCAACAUCGUCAAUCUCUUGUGGCUCAGCUAAAUGAUGGCACACACGCGAGAGAAGUCAUCAUGGGAAUAGUUAAAGACCAUAUAUUGAAACCAUUCUUGCAAGGCUUUGCAUUAGGCAUGGCUGCACAUCUGUAUCGAUAUCUCAGAUCUGGUAGAACUGCGGUAGCGGGUGUCUGGAAAAGAAAUUUAGAAAAUUCAAAGUCGACAUGA